GAAGUGAGGAGUAGACACGUGCUGCUGCUGCGUCGUGUACGAGAGGAGCGCGUGCUGGAGCAGCUACAGACAUGAAGAGGCCGAAGUUGAAGAAGGCAAGCAAACGCGUAUCAUGCGCCAAACGCUUCAAAAUACAAAAGAAGGUUCGGGAGCAUAACCGUAAAUUAAAGAAAGCGGCAAAGAAGACGGGGAUAAGCCGAAAGCCAAAGCAAGAUGUUGGAGUACCAAACAGUGCACCUUUUAAAGAGGAAGUGCUUCGAGAAGCUGAGCAGAGAAAACAGGAGCUUGAAGCUCUGAAAGAGCAAAACAAGAUUGUAAAGAAGCAAGAAAGAGCUGCAAAGAGGAAAGAGGGGAAAGAAGCUGCCAGUGCAGGAGUCGAACCUGCAGCCAAGAAAGCUAAAAAGGGGACGAAAGUCAGAGAAGCGAGGGCUGCGGUAGCUAAAGAGAAAAGCGCUAAAACGUUCAAAUGCUGCGAGCUGAACAAGGUUAUUGAGGCAUCUGACGUGAUCGUGGAGGUUUUGGAUGCUAGAGAUCCUCUGGGCUGCCGCUGUCCUCAGCUGGAGGAAACCGUCCUGAAACACGAGGGAAAGAAAAAACUCUUGUUCAUAUUGAACAAAACAGAUCUUGUUCCUAAAGAUAACCUAGAGAAAUGGCUUGGGUAUCUUGAUGCCGAGUGUCCAACUUUUCUCUUCAAAGCAUCCAUGCAACUAAAGGACAGAACUGUGUCGCAGAAGAAGCAGAGAGGAACUAAUGCCGUUCUGGAUCACAGCAGAGCAGCUUCAUGUUUUGGACGUGACUGUCUCCUACAGACGCUUACUGACUUGGCCAACAAGAAAGAGGGCGAGACCAUGCUUAAAGUUGGCGUUGUCGGUUUCCCUAACGUGGGAAAGAGCAGCAUCAUCAAUAGUCUGAAAGAAAUGCGAGCCUGUCAUGUUGGCUUACAGAGAGGAUUGACCAGAUGUAUGCAAGAAGUGCAUAUUACUAAAAGUGUGAAGAUGAUUGACAGCCCAGGGAUUGUGGCGGCCCCCAGUAACCCAGGAGACGUGCUGGCCCUCAGGAGCCUCCAGGUGGAGGAGAAGGAGGAGAGUCCCCUGGAAGCAGUCAGGACUUUACUCAAACAGUGCAAUCAGCAGCAUAUAAUGCUACAGUAUAAUGUCCCAAACUACAGAAACUCCUUGGAGUUCUUGACCACCUUAGCCAAGAAACGAGGUUUCCUGCAGAAAGGUGGCAUUCCCAACACAGAGCUGGCAGCCAUGACGUUCCUCAACGACUGGACUGGAGCUAAACUGAGUUACCACAGCAGAGCUCCAGAGCGACAGGACCUCCCCUCGUACCUCUCUGAUGCCAUUGUGACUGAACUGCAGUCAGGUCUGAACAUGGACAUGGUGAGGGAGGGCAACCAGAAUGUUAUCAAAGGUGUGCGGUCCCCAAAUCUAGCGAGCAGUAUCUAUUUUAGCUCAAAAGGCCCCACUGCUGGUGUGCUGAAUGCCAGCGAGCUGCCUAAAGAGACGAUAACAACGACGGUAACAGAGGAGACGGACAUGACCGUCAGCACAGACGAGAUGCUGUCCACAUUUAAGCCUGAGGCUGAGAUCCCCGUUCCAAAGAUGGAGACACAGAUUCAGGAAUCAACACAAAAGAGAGACGACAAGCCAACUAGAGAAACUAAAGUGAAGUUUGUCAACGUCGACCUGACUUCAAUGCAGCACAACAACAACGAUGAUGAUGCGUAUGAUUUCAACACAGAUUUUGUGUAAAAUUUCAUGGACAGAGGAAUCAGAUUGUGAAAUGUAGUGCAUCUGUAUGUAUUCAUUCCUAUUAAAAUGUGCAUUAUAGCUU